GAUUCAUCGAUGUCUGAUAAUAUUACAGUUAUUUCCAAGUUGUCAUGCAUAUUUAAUAACUGUCUCGAGCCCUAGUUAUUUAUUUUCUACCUGUAAAUAUGUUCUUGAAGCUUUUAUCAGUAAUUGAAAAUGCUAUGCAAACACCAUUCACUUUGUGAGAACAUUGAUGUACCUGGGAAACUUGCUUGCUAAUGGACUUUGGAUUGUAGACUGUCGUAAUUGGCAGUUAAAUAAUUUAGUUUGGUAAUGUCAGAUUACUUGAAUGUUUUUCUCUCAAUUGUUUUAUUUCCUGUAAAUUACUAAUAAUGGUGCUUAUGAAGAACUGGGAGAGAUGAAAGUUGUUAAUGGAUCAAAAAGUGACUGAUUGGUGUUGUUGACUCUAAUCAGCCUAUCGUACAUCAUUGAGAAAACAUUAUAAAGUUCAUCUUUUACAAACACUGAAAUAUUUCACCAAUGGAUAAAAUUCAUUUCUUGUAAAAAUAAACUGAGGGGCAGUUUCUCCAAAUUAUAUGUGUGCAGUUUCUAUAAAUGGAUAUGGAUACUUUAAACGGUUCAGUUUCUACAGGAAUCUCAUCAAACCUCACUUUGAUAAUAUCAACUUCAAUAAUGGCCUCAGAAGAGUCAAUCGGAAUGUCAUCAAACUCAAUGUUGACAUCUACAAGUUCAUUAAUAACAUCUUCAAAUCUGACUGCAGAUUCAGUCUUGACAUCAGUGAUUUCAAAUGUGACAUCAACAGAUUCGGCAGCACCAACUCUUAGUUUACUACAGCAUAUUCCUUCAUCAAAUCAAUCACUCUACCCAGAAUAUCGAAUAGCAAGAAUGCUGGGAUUGUACUGUCCUCCUGUAAUUAUCCUGCUUGGACUAAUAGGCAAUUCUUUGACAUUCUGGCUCCUAUGCAGGUCACCAUUGAAAUACUCAUCAACAUCUGUGUAUCUGAGGGUGUUAUCCAUUGUAGAUUCACUUGUAUUAGUGAUUGCGUUAGUGCGACUAUGGAUCAUGGAACUAAGUCUUGAAUUAACAGGUCAACGAUUUGAUCUCAAGGAAAUAUCUGCAGCUACUUGUCAGGUUUUUUACUUUCUAAUAUACUUUCUCGUACAGUUAUCUGCGUGGAUUUUGGUUGGUGUUUCAUUUGAGAGGAUCAUUGCUGUGUGGUUGCCAUUUAAAGCCAAACAGCUAAACACCCAAAGAAACAGUGUCAAAUUCCUCUGUGUUGUAUCAGUAUGUUUCGCUGUUCUUGACGCACAUAUAUUCUUCACAAUGACUAAAAGUGAGGAGGAACAUGACAUAAAUGAUAUAGGAUCAGUGUAUAGGAAGAAUAGGUGUACAUUUUCGAAUGAAAAAUAUUACCCUUUCAUCCCUAUUAUAUGGACCACAAUAGAUUCCUGCCUUGCUUGUUUUGUUCCGUUCAUUAUUAUGUUAACUAGUAAUCUUCUGAUCAUUUACAAAAUAACAAAAAGGGAUCGCAGAUAUAAUAAUUAUGCCACAGAAAGUAGUUCCCAGCAUGGAAAUAAAAGAUCCUCAUCAAUGACAUUGAUUCUUCUGUCAGUGAAUUUUACAUUUUUAAUCACAACAGCCCCUUUGAAUGUUUGGUUUAUUUUAAAGGAUUCCACUGGCAAGGUUCAUCUUGGGCUUGAAGGAAAAUUAAGGAUCGAACUAAUAAAUGAUGUUCUACUUUAUUUCAUGUAUUUAAACAAUGCUGUGAAUUUUCUUUUAUACUGCUUUGCUGGACCAAAGUUUCGACAAGAAUUGAAAAGAGCAUGUGGAUAUGUGAACGAAAGUCCUACUGCAGCCUAAGUUAUGAUUUGAAAGGACAAUGCUGAUGUGAAAAAUGCAAUUUUAGAUGACAGUCAUUGAGAUUUCAAAAAUGGACACGAAGAACAAGACAUGUUAUAUUUAUCAUACACAGUAAUCUCAAAUAUUUUAUGCAAAAUAAAUCCUAAAUGAACAAAUGUUUUCUUUUGUAUUUGGGGUGUAAAAGAUUAAUUAUUGAAGAAUUAGUUCAGUGCUGUACGAUAGUGUCUUUG